CUGUUUAUUACAAUCUCAUGAUGAUGAGAAUGUUUACAUGUGUUUUAAAUCACAGACUACAGUAAUUCUUACUCUAAAGGUUAAAAACACAGGAGGAAGUAAAUGGCUGAAUCUUUAUCACAAACAAAAGGCAGAAGAAGAAAGAGCAGCAUGGAUGAACCAAAUUCAUUUUCUCAUGACUCCAGCAGUGUCCUGUCUGAAGAUCUGCUGCGGUGUUCGAUCUGUCUGGAUGUGUUCACUGAUCCAGUCAGCACUCCAUGUGGACACAACUUCUGUAAGAGCUGCCUUACACACUGCUGGUACAAGAGUCAACACUGUCUCUGUCCAUUAUGUAAACAGAAAUUAACCAAGAGACCUGAACUGAAGAUUAAUACAACACUGAGAGAGGUUGCAGAUCACUUCAAGAAGAAAAGUGGUUCUGACAAACCUGAGGUUCUUUGUGAUUCCUGCAAUGGAAAGAAGCUGAAGGCCCUGAAAUCCUGUCUGGAUUGUGGACUGAGUUUCUGUAAAAUUCAUUUAGAGCCACAUAAUCGUGUUCCAAGACUUAAGAAACACAAGUUAAAAAACCCUGUGGAGAACCUGGAGGACUGCAUAUGCCAGAAUCUUACUAAAACACUCAAAGUAAAGGAAACAGUUUCCACAGAACUGCAGAGGAUUCAGCAGUAUGCAGAAUCAGGAAAACCUCCACAUGUUCACACUAAUGACAGAGAGAGCUUCAUGUAG